AUGAGAGCCCUCCUACUCAACCAGGACCCCCUCCGCUCCCUCCUCCUGCUCAUACUCCUCCACCACAACCAACCCUCCUUCGAACCAGACAGUUUCACCUUCACCAUCGCCCUCAAGGCCGCCGCCCGGCUCCCCUCGCCGGCGGUUCUCGGGGGGCAGCUCCACGGCCAGAUUCUCCGGCGAGGCCUCCACUCCACCGUCCACCUCCGCAACAAGCUCCUCCACCUCUACUGCGUCGCCGGCGACUUCGCCGCCGCCCGCAAGCUGUUCGACGAAACUCCCCACAAGGAUCCUGUUGCCUGCAACACCAUGCUCCGAGGCCUCGCCGGCGCCGGUGACGGAGCCUCCCUCCGCCGCCUGUUCCAGGAAAUCCCCUGCAAAGACGUCGUCUCCUGGAACACCAUGAUAAGCUUCCUCGUCGCCGCCGGCGACCACGCGGCGGCGCUGGAGACCUUCCGGGAGCUGCAACUCGCCGGCGGGGGAGUAAUCCCCGACAGGGUGACCCUCAUCGGCGUCCUCUCCGCGGUGGCCCACCUGGGGGCGCUGCCGCAGGGCCAAUGGGUCCACUGUUACAUCCUCCGCCGCCGCAUGGAGCUCGACGACCACCUCCUCUCCGCGCUCAUCACCAUGUACGCCAAAUCUGGCUGCCUGGAAGCCGCUUCCGCCACCUUCGAGGCGGCGGCGGCGCCGUCCCGCGGCGCCGACGUGUGGAACGCCAUGCUCGCUGGCCUCGUCGCCGGCGGGCGUGCCGCGGCGGCGCUGCAGCUCUUCUCCAGGAUGGAGGCCACCGGUGGCGUCGUCCCGCCCGACGCCGUCACCUUCGCCUGCGUGCUGAGCGCGUGCAGCCACGGGGGGCUGCUCCGCCAUGGCGCCGCCGUGUUCGAGAAGAUGGCCGCCGUGUACGGCGUGGAACCGGACCUCGGGCAUUACGGGUGCAUGGUGGAUAUGUACUGCCGAGCGGGGGAGUUGCAGAGGGCGGAGGAGAUCAUCGGAGAGAUGCCCAUGGAGCCGGACGCCACCGUGUGGAAGACGGUCGUCGGAGCGUGCCUCCGGCGGCGCCGGCGGCGGACGGGGAGGGCGAGCUUGGAGGUGGGGGAGAGGGCGGGGAGGAGGCUGCUGGAGCUCGCCAGAGAAGACGACCACGCCGCCUACGUGCUGGUGUCGAAUCUGUACGCCGCCGCCGGCCGGUGGCAGGAGGUGGCCGGAAUCCGGUGCGAGAUGAGGAAGAGGAAGGUGAAGAAGGUGCCCGGUUGCAGCUCCAUUGUGAUCGACGGCGCAGUGCACGAGUUCAUCGCCGGCGACUGA